CGCUCCGCCCAGAUCCGUUCCGCUCCGCAGAGCCGGCGCGGCCAGGGCGCAGGGAGGACGGCAUUCGGCCUCGGUGCCCGCAGCCCCACGCGCUCCCUCUGCCGCGGGACCUGGGUCCCCGGGCCGCUCCCCGGAGGCCUGAGCGCACCGCGGGCGGGAGCUGGGCCGGGACCCGCGGCGAGGGAGGGAGCGAGAAGCGAGCAGAGUCGCGUGCACGGGCGCGCGGCUCCGGGUCCCCUCCCAGCCCCGGCUGGUGACCGUCGCCGCCAGACUCGGGCUGCCGGUGGGAGGGCUGUGCGCCUGCGACCCGUCGGGGGCCGCAGCAGCUCUGCCGAAGCGCAGCGGCUGUGUCCGCGCGACGCCCCACGCGGGACAGGUCCCUGGAUGAGAAGGAGCUGACAACAGCUGAGUCCCACCUUCUCUGUGUGCUGGGCGCAGGGCUGCGUGGCCCGAGGGGCACCAAUGCCGAAGAACAGCAAGGUGACCCAGCGUGAGCAGAGCGGCGAGCAUGUUACAGAGUCAGUGGCCGAUCUGCUGGCCCUGGAGGAGCCCGUGGACUACAGGCAGAGUGUCCUGAACGUGGCCAGUGAGGCGGGAGGCAAGCAGAAGGCGGCGGCGGAGGAGCUGGAGACCGAGGACAGGCCAGCCUGGAACAGCAAGCUGCAGUACAUCCUGGCCCAGAUUGGGUUCUCUGUGGGCCUGGGAAACAUCUGGAGGUUCCCCUACCUGUGCCAGAAAAAUGGAGGAGGUGCCUACCUGGUGCCCUACUUGGUGCUGCUGCUCAUCAUCGGGAUCCCCCUCUUCUUCCUGGAGCUGGCUGUGGGCCAGAGGAUCCGCCGUGGCAGCAUUGGCGUAUGGCACUACGUGUGCCCCCGCCUGGGGGGCAUCGGCUUCUCCAGCUGCAUAGUCUGCCUUUUCGUUGGGCUGUAUUAUAAUGUGAUCAUCGGGUGGAGCAUCUUCUACUUCUUCAAGUCCUUCCAGUACCCGCUGCCCUGGAGUGAAUGUCCUGUCAUCAGGAAUGGGACCUUGGCAGUGGUGGAGACAGAGUGUGAAAAGAGCUCAGCCACUACCUACUUCUGGUAUCGAGAGGCCUUAGACAUCUCCAACUCUAUCUCGGAGAGUGGCGGCCUCAACUGGAAGAUGACGCUGUGCCUCCUGGUGGCCUGGAGCAUCGUGGGCAUGGCCGUCGUCAGGGGCAUCCAGUCCUCGGGGAAGGUGAUGUAUUUCAGCUCCCUCUUCCCCUAUGUGGUGCUGGCCUGCUUCCUGGUCCGGGGGCUACUGCUGCGAGGGGCUGUUGAUGGCAUCCUACACAUGUUCACUCCCAAGCUGGACAAGAUGCUGGACCCCCAAGUAUGGCGGGAGGCAGCCACACAGGUCUUCUUCGCUCUGGGGCUGGGCUUUGGGGGUGUCAUCGCCUUCUCCAGCUACAACAAGCAGGACAACAACUGCCACUUCGAUGCUGCCCUGGUGUCCUUCAUCAACUUCUUCACCUCGGUGCUGGCCACGCUUGUGGUGUUUGCUGUGCUGGGCUUCAAGGCCAACAUCAUGAAUGAGAAGUGUGUGGUCGAGAAUGCUGAGAAAAUCCUGGGGUACCUCCACACCAACGUCCUGAGCCGGGACCUCAUCCCCCCUCACGUCAACUUCUCCCACCUCACCACCAAGGACUACACGGAAAUGUACAAGGUCAUCAAGGCGGUGAAGGAAGACCGUUUCUCAGCCCUGGGCCUUGAUCCCUGCCUUCUAGAGGAUGAGCUGGACAAGUCCGUGCAGGGCACAGGCCUGGCCUUCAUCGCCUUCACUGAGGCCAUGACGCACUUCCCCGCCUCCCCAUUCUGGUCCGUCAUGUUCUUCCUGAUGCUCAUCAACCUGGGUCUGGGCAGCAUGAUUGGGACCAUGGCCGGCAUCACCACGCCCAUCAUCGAUACCUUCAAGGUGCCCAAGGAGAUGUUCACAGUGGGCUGCUGUGUCUUUGCAUUCUUCGUGGGGCUGUUGUUUGUCCAGCGCUCCGGAAACUACUUUGUCACCAUGUUUGAUGACUACUCAGCCACUCUGCCUCUCACCGUCAUUGUUAUCCUCGAGAACAUCGCCGUGGCCUGGAUCUAUGGAACCAAGAAGUUUAUGCAGGAGCUAACGGAAAUGCUGGGCUUCCGGCCCUAUCGCUUCUAUUUCUACAUGUGGAAGUUCGUGUCUCCACUGUGUAUGGCUGUGCUCACCACAGCCAGUGUCAUCCAGCUGGGGGUCACGCCCCCAGGGUACAGCGCCUGGAUCAAGGAGGAGGCUGCAGAGCGCUACCUAUAUUUCCCUGACUGGGCCAUGGCGCUCCUGAUCACCCUCAUCCUUGUGGCGACCCUGCCCAUCCCUGUGGUGUUCGUCCUGCGGCACUUCCACCUGCUCUCUGACGGCUCCAACACCCUCUCCGUGUCCUACAAAAAGGGCCGCAUGAUGAAGGACAUCUCCAACCUGGAGGAGAAUGAUGAAACCCGCUUCAUCCUCAGCAAGGUGCCCAGCGAGGCGCCCUCCCCAAUGCCCACUCACCGCUCCUACCUGGGGCCCGGCAGCACAUCGCCCCUGGAGCCCAGUGGCAACCCCAAUGGACGUUAUGGGAGCAGCUACCUCCUGGCAGGCACCCCCGAGUCGGAGCUGUGACCGUGGCUCCCACCCUCCCUACCCCUCCCCACACACCCAACCAGCUCACCUGUCCCGGCCUGGCCUCUCCUCCCAGGCCCUCCACCCAAGUAGUGGGGUCUGCCUUGCCUCAUCCCCAUAGGCAACUUCUCCCUAGACAUGAGUGCAGGCUGGGAGGACCUCUGGCCCCCAUUCCAGGCCCCCAGCCCAUCUGAACUUCUGAGAUCCUGUCACCAAAUUGCAGCUGAAUAACUGGAACAAUCCAGAAGUACUCAUUUCCUACAUAGGGGAGACUGCUGUGGCCAUUUUAGGGGUCACCCCACACUACAUUCCCUCUUUCCCUGUAAAGUGGCACCUGUAGUUCUUAGGCCUUGGGAGUCCCUCUGUGCUGCCAGGUGGUGGUGGUGGUGAGAGGCCCCAGGGUCAGGUGGGGUGGGGUGUCCCAGAGGCUGCCUGAUUUAAGGGUAGGGAUUUAGGACAGAUGUGCCAGGACUUAGGGUUCAGAUUUGGGAUGGAGUCUGCAAAAGUUGCCAGGUUCUGUUUUGUGAGGCAGAUGGUACCCUCUGGCUUGAGCAUGAGCUGUGGCAGUGUGUGUGUGGGUGCCCCUCUGCCCCUAGGUCUACUCAGACUCUUCAUAUACCCUUGGCCCUGCCUCAGGUGGGUGGCGUGGGCUCCCGCAUCCUGCCUGGAAGGGCAGUGACUGGGCCUGGGAAACUUGCCCACCUCCGUUAGUGCUUAGCCUGCCCUCUCUUCCCGCAUCCUGGAGCCAGACUGGUAGCCUCUGCCUCUUUCCUGGACAGAGAAGGGAGAGGUUUCCAGAGCACACGUAGUGGUUCAAAGCACAGUUCAGAUGGCUUGGAGCACAAUUGUAAAGCACACUCCCUCCCCUCUCACCUGGGGCCUGACUUUCCCACUAGCAGCAGCUCUUCCCCUGGAAUGGGGUCCCUGGAGGUCAGGGGCUCACUCCCAGGAAUCCUUGCACCUGGGGAAAGACACAUAAUUUCACUGCCCCUUUGGGCUGCCGCUCACUCUCCUUGUGCAAGCACAGCCACUUGGUGUGCACGCUGUGUGCAGAUACCUAGGAAAACUUUCCCCAGAUGCCCAGGCCCUGGCAGAGGGGCCACACCCAGUGCUGUGGACACUGGAGACUGCCAGAGGAAAGGGCUGCACCUCUGUCCUGGAGCCCAGCGCCUGCAGCCUCCAUACCCACCCUUAGCCCGGCCCCAGAAGAAGGCUGUCCUCAGGGUGCAGGCUGGGACAGUUGGAACCUAACUGGGGAAUAAGUGUGGAGCAACGGGUGGGUGGGUGGGUGGAUGGCUGGAUGACUAGAUGUCUGGAUGGCAGGCAGGCUGGGACAGCAAACCUCUAUCUUUGAGAGCUGUGGUGGGCAGACAGGAGCAGACCACAGUGCUAGGCCUGGGCCCCUUCACAGAGGGUCCCGAGUCACUCUUGUUGCUCUGACUGCAGUCAGCACUGGGAGGGGAUAGACAAGGCCCAGGGCUCCCCCUUCACCUCUUAAUCCCUUGGUUCCCUUACCUGGUGGUCAUCCCUGGACCCAACCAUCUCCCUAACUUGUCCCUCCCCCAUACCUGCUCCCAUUGCCAGCCCUCUCAGCCCUACUUCUCCUUCCUGAGUGUGUGAGGGGAGAGCAGACCCACAUCUCCCCAAAGACAUAAGCCUUUGGGGCCCAGCACCCCGCCUUAGGCCCCCUCACCUGAUGACAACACCUCCUACUUGGCCCCAUGCCUAAUCCCACCAGAUUUAGCAACAGGAAAAGCAAGGCCCCAGGAGAGACACUCUACUAUAUAUACUCCUCUAUAUAUUCUAUUUCUAUUGUAUAUUCAAUCUGUACAUGUGGGUGUAAAUGCUGUUAAAUGACAAACCCAAUAUUAUACUGUGGCUGGUGGACUAUUUUCAUCCUCAGUGCUGUACAGAUCUAUUUUCAUUGUAUAUUUGAUAUAUUUUUAAUUUUGUAGUGUGUGGCUGGGCCAGGCCCCAGCCUGACAGCCUGUGACAGGGCAGUUGAGCUGGGGCCCUCUGCUUGGUGGCUGUGGGCGUGGUGGAGCUCGUAGCCUUUUGCCAUAGGCCAGACCCUGUCCCUGCUGUGUCUCUGCUGUGUUAGAUGUAGGGCCCAGAGCUUGGCGUGUGCGCGUGUGCGUGUAUGUGUGGUGUGUGCACGUAUGUGGGUGUGGAUGUGUGCCAGGAGCCGAUUUGUGAUUCCCAGUGUUCACCACAUUCCUGAAGACCACGCUGCCCUCUGCCUGCCUCCUCCUCCUCCUCUCAGCUCUGUCUGGGUCCUGUGGGAAGCCCCCUGCUGUGGCGAGAGCAGGCACGUCUGGCUGGUAACUCAUUGCCUUCACGCAUUGCCUUCUGGCUUACUAGAAACAGGGAAGGAGGGGUUUGGGUGGGAAGCCCCCAGAUUUAUUUUCCAGCCAACAUCUUGCUGCUCUUAAAGUCACAAGCUCUUCACCCAAGGGAAUAUGCUGGGUUUCUUAAGAUGGUGAGACCUCAAGAGGACAUCUCACAGCACCUCUGUCCUGCAUUUGUCCUUGAGACAGACCUGUUCAGAAAGGCACAGCCGGCUGCCCCUCCCCUGUGCUCCCCUGAUCUCUACCACUCCUCAGGGAGCUGGGGAGCUAGGAGCAGGCCAGUCAGCAGGGGAGGUCAGAGCAGGUGGGGCAUCUGAUGAGGUAAGGUCCAGCCCCAGAUUCCCUGGAGGAGCAAGAGAUGGCCUAGAGGGGCAGCCGCCAUGUCUCCGCACACUGGCUUUGGUUCUGUCCAAGCAGGACCCACAGAGAUAGAGCAGAAUCCAGGGCAGGGCAGGGCUGUGCCAGCUUGAACCCAAUCCCCAGCUUCUUGCUCAGGGAGCCCUCUCUGCUGAGGCAACACGAAGCCCAAGGUCCAGAUGGGAGUGGAGGGCAUACAAAUUGAUGCCAGUGAGGUUGGCUUUUGCCCUCCAGCAAUAGAUCUGUGGGGACUGCUGCUUUCUGAGUGCCAGGAGAGGCCUUCCCAAGUCAGCAGCCUGCCGUAGGCUGUGAGGCUUGGGGCUAGAAGCUGCAUAGUCCCAGUCUUAAGCAGGCCUGAGUAUUCCAGGCAGAGAGCUGCCCUUCUGCCCUUUCUCAUGCCCCACCUCCCUGCCCCUGGCUCCACAGAGAACUCCCCACAGAGAAAAGAGAUGGAACAGGUUGGAGUGCAUCUGACUUGCUAAGUGUCCACUAGGUCCUGAAACUGGGGCUGGGGGGAGCCCAGGGUCCUUCCUUAUCUCAAGCGCUACUUUGUACAGACCCGAGCACACAUAGCAAGCAUCACUUUAAGUUCUGGUGCAAGUUCAGAACAAUUCAAGUCCAUGUGCUCCAUAGCUGUGCAGAGCCCUGGGUCAAGACCACUCAGCCCAGGGGAGGGGAUGAGGCAUUGUUACCCCCAGAGCGCUUUCCUCUCUACACUCCCCAUGGUGUACAAUAAAGUG